AUUACGGUAUCGUGCACGUUAUUCACAUUCGUAAACAUUGUUUUUUUUUAUUAUUAUUAUUAUUAUUUUAUUUCCAUCCUCGACCGACUGCAUCGACGACGCCGCCGUCGAGAACAUUCCACUCAUUCCAAUCGGAUCGGGUGCCUCCGCCGCUAUCUCGUUCGCUUUACAGUUUUGCCAUAUUGCCGUUUGCGCGUGUCCCGGACCGACGAAGACGCGAAAUACUAUUAUUACUAUACUACUAUUCACAGCGCUCGUCUUAUUAUAUAGUAAUAAUAAUAAUAAAAUCGUCUCGUAGGCACCACCCAUCUGUCGUGUGAACACGACGUAUAUAAUAAUAUGCAUAUGUCUACGAUUAUUCGUGAGUGUGUGUGCGUGUGUAGUGUCCGCAGUGAGCGAAGUGAAUGAUCGCGUGAAACGAACGCACACCGUCGUCGUCAUCAAUCGUUCAGUGUUCGUCGUCGUGUUCGCGAUUUAAAUGCUACUUUUUCUGUAAAUAAUAAUUUAUUAUACACAUCGUUACCUAUUCAUCCAUCUUUAGAGCGUGAGGUAAUAACCGAACGUGAUAAUAAACUUACUAGUGUUUGACUUCUGUCUCCCAAACCGACGUACGGGUUUUGUGUUAAUUUUUUUAUUAUAUUUUUCAUUCCCAUUCGUUUCCGACGGCGUUAUGUCGUUAUUUAAGUCGCACAUUCCAUAAUGAUAUCGUAAUUACGUCACUGAUGAUAAUAUAGAUUCGUACGCGUGAACGAAAUAGCCGCGGGCAACUAACAAGAGGUACAUACAAUAUAACAAGAAACCAAUUAACUUCCAAGAUUCAAAACCAUGGCCGAGGCCGAUGUGUUCGACAUAGAACUGCAACACAACGAACAAAAAAAUAACAGUGAUUCGGAGGAAGAACCAUUGGAAAUAGAAGAGGGAUGUUAUGCUCAAGAACCAAAUAUUUAUGAAUAUGAUGAAAAGUCCAGUGAUGUUGAAACAUUAAAAUUAUCAGAUAAAACAGUAAACCAGACCAAAGAAAAAUUAGCUCCAGAUUGCUUCAAAAUAUUGAAAGUAUUAGGAAAAGGAGGUUAUGGAAAAGUAUUUCAAGUUCGAAAAAAAACUGGUAAAGAUACAAAUCGUGUAUUUGCCAUGAAAGUCUUACGUAAGGCCACAAUUGUGAGGAAUUCCAAGGAUAUGGCUCAUACCAAAGCAGAGCGCAAUAUUCUUGAGGCUGUUAAGCAUCCAUUUAUAGUCAGUUUGUUCUAUGCAUUUCAAACAGAUGGAAAAUUAUAUCUUAUUUUGGAAUACUUAAGUGGUGGUGAACUUUUCAUGCACUUAGAACGUGAAGGCAUAUUUUUAGAAGAUACAGCAUGUUUUUAUCUGGCAGAAAUCAUAAUUGCAAUACAACAUUUACACAGUCAAGGCAUAAUAUACAGAGAUUUAAAGCCAGAAAAUGUAUUAUUAGACCAAGAUGGUCAUUUGAAGUUAACAGAUUUUGGUUUGUGUAAGGAACAUGUUCAUGGAGGUAGUGUGACACAUACAUUUUGUGGUACUAUUGAAUACAUGGCACCGGAAAUUUUAACUAGGAGUGGUCAUGGAAAACCAGUUGAUUGGUGGUCACUUGGUGCUCUUAUGUUUGAUAUGUUAACAGGAACUCCACCUUUUAGUGCAGAUAAUAGAAAAAAAACAAUUGAAAAAAUACUUAGAGGAAAACUAAUUAUGCCACCUUAUGUUUCACAGGAAGCUAAAGAUCUUAUGAGAAAAUUACUUAAAAGACAAGUAAGUCAUCGAUUGGGUUCCGGUCCAAAUCAGGGAGAAGACAUACGAAAUCAUCGUUUCUUCCAAAAAAUUGUCUGGAAGGACAUAAUAAAUCGUUCUUGUGAAGCUCCAUAUAAACCAAAACUAAAUGGUGCAGAUGAUACAACACAGUUUGAUUCCAGGUUUACCAAUCAGCUUCCAGUUGAUUCACCAGUAGAAGACUCGUGUAUGCCACCAGACAAUGAUGAAUUUAAAUUUGAUGGUUUUACGUACAUAGCUCCGUCAUUAUUAGACAGCCUAGGUACAAGUUCAAGUCAUGACCAUACGUUAAAUGUACAUUAUAGAUCAGAAGAAAUAGAAAAACCAAUGGAUGAAGAAGACAAUUUUCAUAAAACAAUAAUGCAAAAAAAGCAAAAACUUGAUUCAAGAAUACAUAAAUCAACACCUACUAUAAUUCAAUCAGAUUUAAGUGAUUCUAAGAGGCCUACUGACCAAUUUCAAAGAGGGCCAAAUCCACAGAAUCAUAAUCCAUUUAAUUGUGAUUUUGAACCAAUUGCAUCAACGUGUGCUCAGCUCUCUGCUACUCGAAUUGAUGAACAAAUGGAAACUGAAAAAUCAUCUUCGCCAUCACCAUACCCAGUGAUUGUGAGAUCAAACCCAGUAAAUGUAGAUCAACCCCGAAUUGUACGACCUAACACCACUAAUCACAGAGAAAUAGACCAAUCAAGAUUGUUUAAUGAAUGUGCCAGGCCAUUUAAUAAUCACGUUGCUCGAAAACCAUAUAGACCUCAUGUGUUAACCACUGUCAAUAGUAAUAGUUUCCUGAAUCAGAACCAAGAUGAAAUGAUGGAAGUUGCUUCUACAUCUAGUAUACCAGCUCAAAUCUAAUAAAUUAGUAUUUUUCUAGAGUAAUCAGCAUGUUUAGAAGAGACCUGUUUCCAAAUCAACUAUAGUUACCUUGUUUAGAAUGUGCGAUUUUCAAUUUAAUCUAGUAGAUCUUGGCUACUUUUUACGUGUAGCCUUAAGAAUCAACUAAUUUUAUAAUGUUUUUUUAAUUGCUAAUUCAUUGGCUUGAUUUAAAGUGAUAAUUUUCUAAAAUGUAAGGGUUAUAUUUAUAAUAGCUGUUAUAAAU